CAAAACUAUAAACACAAGUCAGACUUGUGUUGCUCAAAUACCAAGCUCAAAAGCAACAAAAAUAAUCUCCUUUUUGCUUCUUAAAAUUCUUCUCUAAAUUCCCUUUUUUCCCUUCUAAACAGAGUUUCAUUUCAUUUUACUUUUUAUAUAUAGUUCUGUUUCAUUUUUGUCUUCCUCCUCUAUUUUGUUUGUGAAGAUGGACCGAGCAAACUUUGAACAGGAAAAAAAUGGGGUUGUUUGUAAGCUUCCAAUUGGGUUCAGAUUUCAGCCCACAGAUGAAGAGCUUUUGGUUCAUUACUUGAAAAGAAAGGUUUUUUCACUGCCAUUGCCAGUCUCUGUUAUUCCUGAGCUGGAUGUUUUUCACCUCAAUCCAUGGGACUUGCCUGGUGACUUGAAAGAGAAGAGAUACUUUUUCUGCCAAAGGAAGAUGAAUUUGAAAAGCAAAUGCAGUACCAAUUUCAGCGCGGACUAUGGCAAUUGGAAAGGCUCUCGUAAUAAAGACAAGCAAAUAUUGGCUAACAACCUCAUAAUUGGGUUUAAGAAAUCUUAUGUUUACAAUCAAUUAGCAACAAAAAGUUCUCGUGGACUCAAAACUCAAUGGGUUUUGCAAGAAUUUUGCCUCAUUGGCUCUAUUAGCUCACCAUACUCAACUCAGGGUGUGAGAUUUUAG